AUGAACCUUGACCGCCUUCGACCCCGAGGCAGCGGAGGCCUAACUGCAGAGGCUUAUCUCGCAGCAGAGGCGUACCUGGCAGCAGAGGCGUACCUGGUGAGCUUGUUUAAGGACGGCAUUCUGCUCGCCAUACACUCUAACAGCUUCAUGCACCCCCCCUUGCCCCCCCCGUCCCCCCCAAAUCAGGCAGCAGAGGCGUACCUGGCAGCAGAGGCCUACCAGGCAGCAGAGGCCUACCUGGUGAGCUUGUUCGAAGACGGAAUUCUGCUCGCCAUUCACUCCAAAAGAGUUACUUUAAAUAUUUUGUGUAACAGCUUACACUUCACUGCUUAUAACCCCUUCCCCCCCUCUCCUCCCACUCCUCCCUCCUCUCGCCCUCCUCCCUCCCUCCCCUUCUCGCCCCCCACUUUCUCCCCCUCCCGCAUCCCCCCUCCUCCCGUCCUCCUCCCUCCCUCCCUCUCUCCUCCCCCACCCCACAUCUGUGGUGCUAGUGAUUCGAGACAUCCAACUGGCCGAUGCCCAUUGCACUGUGAAAGAUAG